AUGGUAGUAACUUCUGGUAAAAGCAGUUACAUCAAACGUGUGCAAGGAGAACAAAAUUUGACAUCGAAAGGAUCUUCACGUCCGAGAGAGCAGAAUACAAAAGUUCAUCCCUCGUCAGUUGGAUCAGACAUACCGAAACUUAUCUCAAAGGAUUCAUAUAAGCUCUUGGAUAAUGAUGUUAAAACGGCUUGGAUCAACCCUAGGCUUAUUUCUAAGGUUGAUAUGUCUGCGAUAACAUCAAAGGAAUACGUACCUCCCGAAGUGAGAAAUAUGAAUGGUUACUACUACAACCACAAUCUGUCUUUGCAAAAGCAGGGCUGUGGAAGAUCUCACGAUCGAGAGUGGGAGUCUACAGUGAAUGGACGUGCGAAACCACGGCUCGUUGCAGCAGUACCUACCCUAACAGUAACACAGUCCGUCGAACACGCGAAGCGCGAUAAGGUGGAUUCUAAGAACUCACGUGCGACAACGGAUGCACAUCACACCAAAAACAUUAACUCAGAAUCGAGAAUAUUAAAGUCCUUUUACACAAAGUCACACAUGGAAUCCACCGAAAGGCAUCAUGCGAAUGCCAAUAAUAUUCGCGGUUACCCAUCAAAAACUUUUGCGAAUCAAUCAAGGGGUAAACAAUCACACGCUCAUCAGUCUUACAGUAGAAGUAAUACACAAAGAGCGUUGCCGGUAGAGGUUCAAAAAGUGAAAGGGGUUGUCGGUUAUCAAAGCAGAGUGGAUUACGUUGGGGGUGGUAUUGUGGGACAUGAAAGUGGGGUGUAUGGGAUGUAUUCCGAAACAAGAUACGCGUUCGCCGUCAAUGGAGUUGCUGGAAAUCCGGCACAAACUUCGGCAGCGGCGGCAUUUUUUGCGAGGUAGGUCUUUCAAAUUUUUCAAGUCGUGCACAAAUUACAGCC